AUGCAGCCGUCCUUUUCCUCGAGAGGUCAACGACUCUUCGGGAAAGGAGGGACGCCGCCUUCUUUUCUGAGACGAAGACGUUGUAUGAAUUUGGUCUCGACAAAGCCGCAGCGAAACGACAAAAGCAAAAGUGGAAACAUCUCUGUCAUCGCAUCUUCGACGAACGAAAACAGCAAGAAUUGUCCGUCGUCUUUUUCAGAGCGAAGAAAGAACGUAAACACGACGAACGCGCUGGCGAACGACGCGCCAACGGUGGAAGACGUGACAUCGAAUUUGAAUGCUGCUGACUUGGAUAAAGAAGGACGAACACCCAAAAAGACGAACAACAACAACAACAACAAAGAAAAGAGCGACGAACUCGAACGCAGACGGAAACAAAAACUCUUACAGCGAUACUCCUCGAAUUACGAUGCGACGACAACAACGAACAACGCAUCAUCAUCGGAGAAUCCAACAACAUCUCGACGAGUCGUGACUUUAUUGGAUGGCAACGCGAGAUUGCGAGUCUGUUCAGACGGACGCGUUUCUUUGUUUUACGCGCACUUCGAGGACGAGGAAGAGACGAAGUGGGAGUUGACGAGUCGGAGUUUGGUGACGGUCCCUCCUGGGGCGGAGAGUGUCGGGAGGAUUGUGAGUGAUGAGACAACGAUGAAAGUCGAGUUUUUGGAACGAAGCAAGUCGGACGGUUUUGAGAGCAACGUUGAUAGUAGUACGAAGAAGAAAGUGUUGUCCACUUUGACGAUCAAACCGUUAUCGGCAAAAGGAAGUUUGACGAAAGACGAAAGAGAAUGGACGGAUAAUUUAACCUCUGGAUUCAUUCUCGAUUACGUCGUACAAACCAGCGAGGAGAACGAGUACUCCGUGGAAAUGGCAGAAAUCGUGACUGAUGUAGAAUCGAGCGGGAAAUGGUUCGGCGGUGGGCAUUUCGUUCGGCAAGAGUGGCCUCUGAACGGCGCGUGUCAAGAAGUCGGCCCGCAUUAUCCGUUCGAUUUCGGGCCGCACGGAAUCAACACCUUAGUUUCAAAUCAUUGGGUCACGUCCACGGGGUUUGCCAUCGUCGCCGAUCCGGAAACCUCUUUUUUCCACGUCGGCUUAAAUGCACCGAAAGAAAACACGUUCUUUGAAGCGUUGACGCCGAACGGAUCGAGACGAAAAUUUCACACCGGCGUGGCGAACAUUUUGCGACCGACGGCGUUGCCGCUCACCUCGCAAAGCAGACAAGGCGACGGAAAAUUACGGUUACAGUCUCGGUCUGGAUAUUGCGACUCUAAAUACGGCGCGUUCUCCCAAGAGCACCCACUGGUUGGUUGGAAAAGCGAGAAAACGCACGUGCAACUUCCAGAAAAUAUCGAUCCGAUGGGCAACUUGUCCUUACCGACUGAAGAGAAGGAAACACCCGCCGCCGCGAAAACGAAGAACAACAACAACAGAAAAAACGUAAAAACGCGAACGUGUUCUAUGCGCGUCGCGAUGCUCGCAAAACGUAACGUUCGAGAAGCGACCGAAAACGUGCUGGAAUCCAUGCCAAAACCCACGCAAGCGGUCGAUACCGCGCUCGUUCGAGGACCAAAAUGGUCCACCUGGUCUAGGUAUAAAACCGCGGUGGACCAAGAGAAAGUCUUGAAAUUCGCGAGUGAAAUUUUAGAGUUAAAAUACGAACGAUCAAUCAUGGAAAUCGACGAUAGAUGGUCGUCCGCGUACGGCGAGUUAGAAUUCGACUCGGUAAAGUUCCCAGACGUGAAGGCAAUGGUAGACGAUUUACAUUUGAAAGGAUUUAAAGUGACGCUUUGGGUGACUCCGUUUGUCACCGAAGGCACGCGAGCGUAUAAAGAAGGCGUGAAGAACGGCUACUUCGUAAAGUCAAAAGUUUUAACUCCCGGACAUUCAAAAGCGGGAUUCUUUUCGUGGUGGCAACCGACACCAGUUGUUGCGAUCGAUUUAACCAACAAAGAUGCUCGAGAAUGGUUCUUAAACGGGUUGAAGAGUUUACAAACGCGAUACGGCAUCGACGGUUUUAAAUUCGACGCCGGAGAGCCGUGUUUCUUACCGAAAGAAUUUGAAACGAAAGUUCCCAUGAAACAUCCUUCCGAGUAUACGAAGUUAUGGUCGACUGAAAUCGCGAAAACGUUUGAGCUUUGCGAAGUGAGGAGUGGUCAUCACUCCACGAAUUCCGGAGUGUGGACAAGAAUCGGCGAUACGUUUAGUUCCUGGACCACCUCGAACGGAUUGCGAAGCUUAAUCCCGCACUUGUUGACAUCUUCCAUCGUCGGGUAUCCUUUAUGUUUACCGGAUAUGAUUGGUGGUAACGCAUACGCCGGAGGUCCCUCGAAAGAGCUAUUCGUGCGAUGGGCGCAAGCGAACUGUUUCAUGCCCGCCAUGCAAUUCUCCAUCCCGCCUUGGGAGUUUGGUAAAGACGUUUCGGAAGCGACGAAUAAAAUUUUGAAAACUCGAUUGAAACUGAUUGAUUUAAUCGAAGAUUUAUCCAUCAAAAGUUCCAAAACGUUGCAGCCAAUUUGCAAACCGUUGUGGUGGCUCGCGCCGGAAGAUUCGAACACGUUCGAUAUAAACGAUCAGUUUUGUUUAGGCGACGAUAUCGUCGUCGCGCCCGUCGUAUACGAUAAGCAGAGACGAAGAGAGGUCUAUUUGCCGAAAGGUGAGUGGAAAGAGUUUGACGGCGAGAAGAUUUUCUCGGGCGGGCAAUGGAUCGAGGGCGGCUACGAGGCUGGGAUUUACGACAUUCCAGCGUUCGUGAGAGUCAUUUAA